AUGGCGACAGUGGAUGUUCCUUUCAACCUUUACGCGAAUCGACGGAAGUGGGUUCCAAUAUUUUUCAAGAGUGAAUUUUGGGCAGGCAUGAGGAGUACACAGCGUAGUGAAAGUAUGCACGCGUUUUAUGGUGGAUAUCUGCAUUGCAAGAGUGGGUUAGUUCAGUUCGUCCAUGAAUACGACAAUGUCCUCGGAACCAAGGAGCGAAAGGAGCUGGAAGAUGAUGCUGCAGACUCGAAAGUCUACCAUAGUUUUAGGGUCGACUAUGACCCUUUGAGUCAAAAGGGUCAGUGCGAGUGCAACAAGUUUGAAUCCGCUGGUAUAUUGUGUUGCCACACCCUUGCGGUCUGGUCAUACUACAGAGUUGACAUAGUACCGAGCUGCUACGUUCUUCCUCGAUGGAGUAAGAAUGUCAUCCGCAAGCACACUUAUGUCAAGAGUAGCCAUGACGUGGCUCGGAGUGAUGAAAGCAACAACUUGUUCAGGCAUCUGUGUUCAGAGUUCUAUAACGUUGCACAGAAGUUUGUUGCUUGUGAUGAGGAAGCAGCCAUCUUGCGAGCUGCCCUUUCGGAUGCAAAGUCCAAGCUGAUUGAUUACCGUGCCAGCAUGCGUUCCACUACUGCUGCUACGUCUCAGAAUACCGUGCCCACACAGAGCACAGGCGGUGCGAUUGUACAUGACAUUCAGGGACCCUCAAGAGUCAAAACCAAAGGACGACCUAAGGGUAAGAGACUUGGAGCAGAGUUGGACAAGUCAAUUAAGAAAUCAAUGCAAAAAUGGAAUAGGAAAUCUCACCUGGAUGAGGUUGACCUCCCGUCAGAUAAUGAUCGUUAUGGGUAUCUUAGUAAAAGAUUUGAGGAUUCUACUAUGUGGAACUCAACGGAAGGUGGCGGAUUCAUGCACCUGUUGAACUCUUUUAGGCAUAUAUAG